AUGUUCAAGAUUCCUCCUCCUCGCCAAUUCCUCGUGCUCUCUGCCCCCAGCUCAGCUCCCUUUGACCCAAGUCACAAAUUCUUGGUCCUGUCUCCUACCGAGUCCGGGCCUGAUGCUCGUCUCUACGAUGAGCAAGCCGUCGCUGAAGAUGCCACGGUUGAAAUCGAGCCAGAGCUGCACCGUUCUAACAGCUCAUCCUCCACUUCAUCCGAGGCUUCAUCAGUCGACGAUGGUGCCAACCCAAUGCCUGCUGGCUUCCUCUUCCUCGGACACAACAACAAGGGCCGCCGAGCGUCCCAGUGA